GUCAGUUAAUAGUUGUUUCUCAUCGUAAGAUCGUGAUUCAGGCACAAGUUCUUUGAGAUGUUUGCAAAAUAUUGUUGUGGUCUUUACAUUGUUCUCUGGUUUUUUCUCCUUACCGUGACUUUUGUGCAGAGCCGAUUAGAUGCAAAUGAUGAAGCUCCUAUAUGGGAAGGUGCAGAAAGCAUAUUGCAGGAAAAACGAAUAAGUGAGAAAGCUUGUUAUCAAUAUAAAAAAGCUAAUGAAAGAAAUAAUUCGCAUCGAACGACAAGAGGAAUAGGAGCUGACGAAGCUGAAUUUCCUCAUAUGGUAGCGUUGGGUUAUCCUGAGACGGAUGGAGAAGUGUUAUGGCUUUGUGGAGGUUCGUUGAUUGCAGCGGAAUUCGUUUUAACAACGGGUCACUGUAUUGUAACCAGAGAAUACGGUCCACCGACCAAAGUAAGAAUGGGUGUUAAUGAUUUAACGGAUUUAACAUCACCUAACAAACAAGAUAUAAAAGUGGAAAGUGUUAUAAUUCAUCCAGAAUAUAACGUAAGAAGCAAAAAGAACGAUAUAGGAAUAGUGAGACUCAAAAAGAGAGCAAUGUUCAAUCAAUACGUGCAGCCUGCCUGUCUUUACACGGAAAAAAACGAUCCUCAAACAGCAAUCCUCACUACAUGGAAUGUCGUAAACUUUACAGAAGAUGGACCAAAAUUGAAUACUUUACAAAAAACAAGAGUCUAUUCAUUCAAUUUAACCGAAUGUAAUGCUCUUUACAAGACUAAACUCAAAAAGGAAGUGAAUGAAAAACAAAUUUGUGCUAUUAACAACCAAACAGAUCCGUGUGAAAGCAACUCAGGUGGACCGUUACAAGUGAAAAAUUUGAAUUCUAAUGUGUACUCUAUAGUGGGAAUGACAUCUUACGGAAUACCUUGCGUAAGUAAUUAUCCAGAUGUAUAUGUAAGAGUCUCAGCAUAUUUAGACUUUAUAGAAUGGAAUGUCUGGCCAAAUAUAGACCAUAAAUAAAAAAAUCAUAAAUUUAUAUUUCUGUUAAAGAAGAUGUAUUUUUUUAAAAUAAUAUAAUCUUAAAUAAACA